UUUUUUAUUUUGAUUUGCAUUCCCCCCCUUCUGUCUUUGUGUGUGUGUUUGUGUGCAUUUGUGUGUGUGUGUAUGUGUGUCGUGUGUGUGUGUAUAGAUAUAUAUUUUUAUGUGAGGAGGCAAGGACACACCACACAGAGCAUCCUCUGUUCUCUUAAGGAAGGGCAGCCAGACCUCCUCUUCCUCCUCCUCUUCUUAUUCUUAUUCUGUUGCCCAUCUUUCCUUGGAGACAUGGAUCUAUGCUUGGACCCGCUACGGAUUUGCCAGGGCUGGCGGCUUUUCUCCGUCCUCCUGCUCCUCAGCCUCCUCUUUCGGGACCACCUGAGUUCCAUGCUGGACUGCCCGCCGACGUGCAGCUGCUCGCCCACCGAUAUCUAUUGCAAUAAGUCGGACAGCGGCCGCUUCUUUCCGCUGCUGGCGGUGCAGGAUGGAGCCGGAGCCAACGGCAGUGGAGCCGUGGACAUAGCUGAUUUGUUCAAAAACAUCACAUCCAUACACAUUGAGAACUGGACAGGGCUGCAGACACUGCGGGACGUAGACAUGGAACUCUACACUGGACUGCAGAGACUCACCAUCAUGAACUGCAACCUGAGGGUGAUCCAGCCCCGAGCCUUUGCACAGAAUCCACACCUACGUAACAUAAACCUGUCAAAGAAUCCUCUCUACACUCUGUCCUGGCAGCUCUUCAAACACCUUCAACUCGCCGAGUUGCGACUGGACGGCGUGGUGUUCGACUGCGGCUGCAACAUCCGCUGGAUCCAGCUGUGGCAGGAGCGAGGGGAGGCCAGCCUUCACACCCAACAGCUAUACUGCAGGAACGGAGCCUCCAAGAUAAGGCUGCACCACAUGUACAUACACAACUGUGACUUGCCAGAGAUCAGUGUGAGCCACAGCAGCGUGUUAGUGAUGGAAGGCGACAAUGUGACAGUGAGCUGUAAUGGAUCCGGAUCACCCUUGCCUGAAGUGGACUGGACUGUCAAUGACCUGCACUCCAUCAACACACAUCUGUCCAACGUGUACUGGCCCGACAUCCACUCCAUCAACCUGACGCUGUUCAACAUCAGCCGCGACGACAACAACUACCAGUUGACAUGCAUCGCUGAGAACGUGGUGGGCAUGACCAACUCGUCCAUCCAGCUCAACGUGCAGUUUCCCCCGGUCAUCAUUCGCCUGGCCGAGCCCGAGCAGCGCCAUGACACCUGCAUUGAGUUCACGGUGCGAGGGUACCCGCACCCAAAGCUGCGCUGGUUCCACAAGAACAAGGAAAUCCUGCACAACCAGUACAUCCGCACCGAGAUGGACUUCUACCAGGACUACCUGGAGGGCUGCCUGACCUUCCAGAACCCCACGCACAUCAACAAUGGCAACUACACCCUGGAGGCCAGCAACUCACUUGGGACAGUCACCAAGACAGUGUACGGGCACUUCCUUAUGGCGCCUGGCAUCGAUGACGAAGACGUGGUGGAGUUGGUCCCCUCUGCGCCAACAGACUCGGAUUCAGGCCGCCCGGACGAGGACACAUUUGGGGUCUCUAUCGCGGUAGGCCUGGCGGGAUUCGCCUGUGUCCUCCUCCUCGUCCUUUUCGUGCUUAUCAACAAAUACGGCCGACGCUCCAAGUUCGGCAUGAAAGGUCCAGUGGCUGUGAUCAAUGGUGAGGAAGACUCAGCCAGUCCUCUUCAUCACGUCAACCAUGGAAUUAUAACGCCGUGUACGCUGGACGCAGGAUCGGAUGCCGUUGUCAUUGGGAUGACUCGCAUUCCCGUGGUGGAGAAUCCACAGUAUUUCCGACAUGGACACAACUGCAACAAGCCUGCCACACUGGUUCAACAUAUUAAGCGCAGAGACAUCAUCCUUAAGCGGGAACUCGGCGAGGGAGCCUUUGGAAAAGUCUUCCUGGCUGAAUGUUACAACCUGAGUCCCACCAAGGACAAGAUGCUGGUGGCUGUCAAGACGCUGAAGGAUCCCAACCUUUCGGCGAGGAAGGACUUCCAGAGGGAGGCUGAGCUGCUGACCAACCUGCAGCAUGACCACAUCGUAAAGUUCUAUGGCGUGUGCGUGGAUGGCGACCCCCUCAUCAUGGUCUUUGAGUACAUGAAGCAUGGAGACCUCAAUAAGUUCCUCAGAGCCCACGGCCCGGACGCCAUGAUCCUUGUGGAUGGCCAGCCGCUGCAGUCCAAUGGCGAGCUGGGCCUCUCCCAGAUGUUGCACAUUGCCUCCCAAAUCGCAUCAGGCAUGGUCUACCUGGCCUCGCAGCACUUCGUCCACAGGGACCUGGCCACCCGCAACUGUCUCGUGGGUAACGGCCUCUUAGUCAAGAUCGGCGACUUCGGCAUGUCGAGGGACAUCUAUAGCAGCGACUACUACAGGGUCGGAGGACACACCAUGCUACCUAUCCGCUGGAUGCCUCCCGAGAGCAUCAUGUACAGGAAGUUCUCCACGGAGAGUGACGUGUGGAGCUUCGGUGUCAUUCUGUGGGAGAUCUUCACCUAUGGCAAGCAGCCUUGGUUUCAGCUGGGCAACAACGAGGUCAUCGACUGCAUCACGCAGGGCCGUGUGCUGGACCGGCCCCGCAUUUGCCCCAAGGAGGUUUACGACAUCAUGCUAGGCUGCUGGCAGCGGGAGCCGCAGCAGCGACUGAACAUCAAGGACAUCCAGAAGGUCCUGUUCGCCAUGGGGAAGGCCACGCCCGUCUACCUAGACAUCCUGGGCUAGAGACCGAUCCAGUACAGGAAUAGCCAAACUGACCCCCUGCACCACUGUUGAGGAAAACCACCUACAAUGUUUGGGAAGGACUUAAGUGCCUGCAACACUUUUGGAUAUAGUGGAUAAAACAUUUAAAAAAAAAACAAAAAAAAAACAACAACAAAAAAUACGCACUUUUACAUUUUGUUUACUUGCUGUACAGGUUUGAAGAUAUUUCUUUUUCCCUUGAAAAAAAAACAAACAAGUAUUUGAGAUUGACGACAGAAAAGGGCCACAGUUUGAUAAGAAGAGUUAGAAUCCCCCUUGGUAUUUGGUUUUAUGAAUAUAUAUCGAAAUGUUACGUAUAUUUUAUAUUUAUUUCUUCUCGUCGAGCUCCCGACAGGGCACCCCCCGCCCUGCCCGAGAUGCCGCCGACCAAAACUGUUUAGACUUUUAAAAAGGAUGGAAGCCUUACUUUGCACUCUGAUUGGCUGGAAUGGGAUGCGGUUAACAUGCAGCGGCGGCAGGAGGAGGAGAGGACCAAUCAGACAAACAGACAAAUCUAUUUUAAUUUAAAAAGGAAAAAAACAAAAAGAGAAUGUACAUAUUGUAAAGUUCUACGUGUCAAAAGUUAUGUUAACUUAUUUUUUGCCAACUUUUAGUUUCCAUUCCUUUUCUGACUGUGAUCGGGUGGCUAACAGACACACGCCGCCUCACCACUCCACUCGCUUGGAAUAUACUGUAGCGUUCCUGCGGCCCAUUCGUUCACACACACCAAUGAGCUGUCAUUUAGAGAUGGAGAAAACAGGUUUUUUGAACAAGAGUAAGAACUUAGCUAUUUUUAGUGUUAGGUGUUUUCCCCCCUUGCAAGGAAACUCACAGAGGAAAUUUUGGCCUUUAAUAAUUCAACAUUUUCUUUCUUUGCUUAUGUUCUUUCUUGCCGGGAGUUAGCCGAGGCGCUCGCUAUCAUGUUCAAGAAGAAAGGCACCACUGUCAAGGGAGCCCCUCAAAAGAGCUCGGAAACAGGCUAAAGCAUAAACAGUGAAUUUAUGCAAAUAGCGAUCACAGCGUCAGCAGUGUCAGGAGUUAUUGUCUAUAUGUCUAUACAUUUCUGCCAGUAGGGGGUGAUUCUGAAUCUUUCCACCUCGUGGUCUUUGGCCAAAAUGUGACCAUGUGGACCUGAGUUACUGGAGUUAAGUGUCAUGAAACUUCACAGCCAAACUCCGUCCAAAUUGUCCUGACUUCCUGGGUCUUUUUUAGCAUAGCCUCUUGAGACUUUUUUGUGGGUGUACUUGAGAUAGACAUGUCCACCAAAUUGGCUUUUGGGUUUAUUUUUUAUUAGUUUUUUUGCUUUGACCUUAGGUGCGGACUUAUUAGAGUUUCGUGUUUUACUGAGAGUUACCACACUCCACCCACAAGCAAGAACAAAAAAAUCAAAUCCCUCACAAUUUAGCGUCGCCCAUCUCUGAAGUAUAUGAAGUUCAAAUUUGGUAGAAAUCGUUCAAAAUCUCUAGGACAAGCCAGUUGUUGAAGGACCCCCGAAAAUGGCCAAACGUGAUUUUUUUGGGGGAUUACUCAUGACAGACAUGGCUACUACAUUUCAUACUGCGCGGUGAAACUGGCUUUGGUGGAGUGUUUUAGGGGAGGAAAUGGGAGGCAUCUAUUUGAGGGAUGCGUCUAUUUCUUCAAAUAAAUUGAGACAUGACAGCGAUGCUAGCACUCUCUACCACACUUAGAAAGCACAUUUAGCCUGAGCUCAUGCCACGGAAGCAGAUUUUCCCUUUUUCUUUUCAACUUUCUGCUGCAUGCUGUGCCUUACUGCUGUGGAGUCAGAAUUUACACUACAAAAGGUUAGGGAUAUUGAAAUUUUAGGAUGAACUUAAAUUGCACUAUAAUCUUCGCAAGUGAACUUAGUUUCUCUAAACCUUUGAAUGUACAUCCAAUUGGUUUUCGUACUUUUUGCACAAUUUACUGUUCUCGAAGAAGCAUGAGAUUGCAGAGAUUAUAUUACAUUACAUUUCUGGUUCAGUUAGAAUUAAAAUUUAAACAGUCCUCUUCAUCAUGCUGUUCACAUUUUGACAUCAUGACACCAAGGUGACGCCUAGCAAUUGAUCAACAAUAUCCUGCCAUUGGGAGCUUCAAACAGGAUGUUCUCAGAAGGGAGUGUCCCUUAAAUUUCAAGUGACAUCAGCAGGUUGCAACAGAUACAGAGAGACUCACAGAAAGGUGUAGAAGUGGACGUUCUUGGAAAUUAAGAAUAAAACAAAUGCUGCAAAUGUUGCUCUUAUGCUCCUAGUGAGAGAAUAGCAAGUUGUACAAAAACAAAUAAAACAUUGACCAGUUGGAUGUAUGCAUUCAAAUGUUUACAGAAAGUCUACUAAAGUUAACCUGUGAAGGUUAUAGUACAUUUUAGGUUUGUCUUGACAUAUCCCCUGAAAGUCCAAUAUGGGUGAGUUUUUGAGAGUAGUGUAAAAGUAUAGGCCCCCUUCUCAAAUUCUUAUAUUUUUGCAUAGUUUCCACUAUGUUUAACAUUAUCAAAAAAAUGUAAAUAUCAGACAUAUAUAACCCAACUUAACUUAAAAUGUUGUUUUUAAAUGGUGAUUUCAUUUUUUUAAGGAAAAAAAACAACAAACUUACCUGGCCCUGUGUGAAAAAGUAAUGCCGCCCCUUAUUAGAUCAUGAAUGAAUUGUGGCUAAUCACAACUUUUGGUUAAUUUUCACUGAUCACACCCAAGCCUGAUUACCUCCAGACCUGUUCAAUCAAGAAAUCACUAAAACACAACCUGUCUGACGAAAUCAAGUCUGACAGAAUAUCUAAAAACGCUGCAACAAAAUGGCACGAUCGACAGAAAUUCCAGAACAGUCGAGAAAUAAAGAAUUGACAUCAGUCUGGAAAGAGUUACAAAGCCAUUUCUAAAGCUUUAGGAUUCCAGCGAACCAUAGGGAGAGCCAUUAACCUCAAAUGGAGAAAUUAUGGAACGGUGGUGACUCUUUCUAGGAGUGGCCGACCUACAAAGAUUACCCCAUAGAAAAUCCAGGAGGCCACAAUGGAACUCAAGACAACUUCUAAAGAACUUGAGGCCUCCCUUGCCUCAGUUAAGGUCAGUGCUCAUGACACAACAAUAAGGAAGAGACUGGGCAAAAAUGGCAUCCAUGACAGAGUUCCAAGGCAAAAACCACUGCUGACCAAACAGAACAUAAAGGCUCAUCUUACUUUUGUAAAAAAAAAAAAAAAAAACAUCUGAAUGAUUUCCCAAACUUUUGGGAGAAUAUUAUAUGCACUGACGAGAUGAAAAUUGAGCUUUUCAGAAGGUGUGUGUCUCGUUACAUCUGGUGUAAAUGGAGCACAGCUUUUCAGAAAAAACAUCAUACCAACAGUCAAACGUGGUGGUAGUGUGACGGUCUUGGACAGCCUUGCUCCUCCUUCAGGACCUGGACAACUUGCUAUGAUUGAUGGAACCAUGAAUUCAGCUCUUUAACAGAAAAUCCUGAAGGAGAAUGUUCAGCCAUCAGUUUGUGAACUCACCACUUGGGUUCUGCAGCAGGAUAACGAUCCAAAACACACCAAGUCAACUUCCGAAUGGCUAAAAAAAAUAAAAAAUAAAUAAAUAAAAAAAAUCUAAGUUUUGGAGUGGCCUAGUCAAAGUCCAGACUAAAAUCUGAUUGAAAUGCAGUGGCAUGACCUUAAAAAAGGCCAUUCAUGCUUGAAAACCCUCAUCUCUGCUGGAUUCAAACAAUUCUGCAAGGAAGAGUGAGACCAAAUGUCUCAAUAGAGAUGUGAAAGACUCAUUGCCAGUUAUAGAAAACGCUUGAUUUCAGUUGUUGCUGCCGAGGAUGGCCCAACCACUUAUUAGGUUUAGGGGGCCAUUACUUUUUCACACUGGGCCAGGUAACUGAAUAUUUAGUUUUCCUUAAUAAAUGAAAUCACCAUUUAAAAACAGCAUUUUAAGUUCACUCAUUUUUUUGAUGAUCUUAAACAUUAAAGUGGGGAAAUUAUGCAAAAAUAUAAGAAUUUGAGAAGGGAUCCAAUACUUUUUCACGCCACUAUAGGUUUGUUGCCAAAAUUUGAAGAGGAAGUUAGCCACUUACAAACUUACCUAAGUCACCCCCGUGAGGCUGCUAGCCAGCAAGCUCCACCGGGACUCAACAAACCAGAUUCGCGCUUAAUUAGCUAACUUCAGACGAGCUGAAAGAUAUAUACUUUUUCUUUUUAUUUCAAGGUCGCUGCUUCAGCCUGUUUCCGAUGAGGGAAAAUGUUACAGUGCAAACCGAGCGUGUUUUUCUUUUUUCCGCUAACACGUAAAUCUCAGUCUGCAACUGAACAGUAUUUUAUCUGGACCAUCUCAUCAUCAAGAAAAACGUUGCUUAUGCUUCACAAUUCUUUUCUUUGCUCUUUUAUCAGGGAGCUACACUUGUCGUCACACCCAUGGCCUUUUGAGUGACGACAAGCUGAUAAAAAGAGCUUCUUGUGCCUCAAGCAGGUACUUUAUCCAUCGAGCAGGGAGUAGCAAAUUGUGACGCCUUUUUGAUCAUUUUCUCAGAUUCAUUUACAUCUACAUGCCCGCUUUAGUUCAGCUAACCACUUAGACAUAAGGUCAAAUGUGUAUUAGGGCCAAGACGAAAAAAAAAGUGGUAAGUAAGUGGUCACAUUAGGAGAAUAAAUGUAUGUAAUGUAUUUUAUUUUUAUUUAAUUUCUUUUUUUUUUUUUUUUUUUUAAGUAAUUUCGUCAUUUUAAAACUGUCCAUGACAAGGUGUGUUGACUCUUAAAAACACUUCUGGCUGAUGAUCGAACAAACCGAAUUUCAUCGUUUGUAAUACUCAAAAUUCUGCUUGAAACAUUUUGAAACAUUCAUUCAACAUUCUGCUUGGAAAAAUUGCUUUCCCAUAAAAAUAACAGCUGUAUUUUCAUAAAUAGUGCAACUUUUUUUCUUAAUACAGUGAACUUCUGCUAUUGGCAGGGAAGAGGGACCUAGCCCUGCUUCAAAUAGCAAAAAUCUGCAACUAAAACUCAGCACAAAAACAACGAAUAGGUGAGUUUUUCAGCAAGUAAUGGAGGAGUCCAUCCAUCCAUCCAUUUUCUGUACCGCUUACCCUCACUAGGGUCGCGGGCGUGCUGGACCCUAUCCCAGCUAACUUUGGGCGAGAGGCGGGGUACACCCUGAACCGGUCACCAACCAAUCACAGCGCACAUAUAAACAAACCCAAAUAGUUAAUUUUGCAAAUGGCAAACGCCAAAUAUGGGGGCGUUAACUGUAAUACACUGAUUUCACUCUAUUAAAAAUGUAAUACUUUCUUGACAAUCAUGAUUUUUUUCACCCCAAAAUUUUCUCAAAACUAAAGUUUCUCUUUCAAUUGUUUAAAAUGUAUUCUUCAAACUUUUUUUCAUAAAACUAUGGACUUCUUUGUCUCAUAAAUUUACAUUUUUAUUCCACAAUAUUUAUUUUAAAAAAUUACUUUCACGUAAAAAUUAUGGCUUUUGGGAAUAUUACAGCUUUUUUGCCCUUACAGUGGGUACGGAAAGUAGUCAGACCCCUUAAAUUUUCACUCUAUUUAAUAUUGCAGCCAUUUCCUCCUUGCAGAUCCUCUCCAGUUCUGUCAGGUUGGAUGGUGAACGUUGGUGGGCAGCCAUUUUCAGGUCUUUCCAGAGAUGCUCAAUUGGGUUUAAGUCGGGGCUCUGUCCGGGCCAUUGAAAAAGAGUCACGGAGUUGUUCUGAAGCCACUCCUUCGGUAUUUUAGCUGUGUGCUUAAGGUCAUUGUCUUUUUUGAAGGUGAACCUUCGGCCCAGUCUGAGGUCCUGAGCACUCUGGAGAAGGUCUUCUUUCGUCCAGGAUAUCCCUUGACUUGGCCGCAUUCAUCUUGUCCAUGCAGCUGAAAAACACAGCCACAGCAUGAUGCUGCCACCACCAUGCUUCACUGUUGGCACUGUAUUGGACAGGUAAUAAGCAGUGCCUGGUUUUGUCCACACAUGCCACUUAGAAUUAAGGCCAACAAUUUCUAUCUUGGUCUCAUCAGACCAGAGAAUCUUAUUUCUCACCAUCUUGGAGUC